AAAUUUGCGUAAAAUUUACAACACCCCCCUCACCUCUCUGAUCAGUGAUCACGCAUCAGAGAAACGCCAAUAGCUCAAUUUUUUUCAUUUCUCGCAAAAUUCAUCCAGCACUUCUCAGUUCUCUCUUCGUUCGAUUGAGGAGGUAAGCUGCAAUGGUGGCAUUCAAGGCAUCCGAAGCAUUCCGAAUCGACGACGACGAGCUGGACGAAGAACCGGGUGAGGUAAUCGAAUCAGCACCUCCUCUCAAGGUCGGCGAAGAGAGAGAAAUCAUCACUUCUUCCUCUGGUAGAAGUUGUCUCAAGAAGAAGCUCCUCAAGCCCGGUAUCGGUUGGGACACCCCCGAGUUCGGCGACGAAGUCACUGUUCACUACGUGGGGAGUUUAAUUGAUGGAACCAAGUUCGACACCACCAGAGAUAAGGAUGAACCUUUCAGCUCCAAGCUUGGUUAUGGUCAAGUUGUUACCGGGUUUGACCAUGCAAUCAUUACCAUGAAAAAGGGCGAGAUAGCAUUGUUCACAUUGCCCCCUGAACUGGGUUAUGGUGCCAUAGGUAGUAAUGGCGUUCCUCCAAACUGUGUUAUUCAAUUGGAAGUGGAGCUCAUUUCUUGGAUCACAGUAGUUGAUAUCUGCAAGGAUGGUGGUAUUAUCAAGAGAGUAAUGGAGAAGGGAGAACAAGCUGGCCCACCCGGUGAUUUAGAUGAAGUUCUAGUGAAGUAUCAGGUGAGGCUGGAUGAUGGUGCUAUUAUUGCGACGACACCAGAAGAAGGUGUUGAAUUUCACGUGAAAGAUGGUCAGUUUUGUCCAGCACUGCCGAAAGCACUGAAGACCAUGAGAAAGGGAGAGAAGGUCAAUCUUAUUAUUCAACCUCAAUAUGCUUUUGGAGAGAUGGGUAGCAAAUCAACAAAUGAGUUUCCUUCGAUCCCACCCUGUUCUGUAUUAAACGUUGAUCUGGAGCUUGUUUCUUUUAAGCCUGUCAUUAAUGUCACUGAUGAUUCGAAGGUACUCAAGAAGAUUUUGAGCGAAGGGGAAGGGACUCUUACUGCAAAUGAGGGUGCAGUUGUCACUGUUAGGUAUACAGCCAUGCUAGAAGAUGGCACCGUAUUUGAGAAGAAAGGCUUUGAUGAAGGUCCAUUGGAGUUCAUUACUGAUGAAGAACAAGUAAUUGCUGGUUUGGACCGAGCAGCAGUAACAAUGAAGAAGAAGGAGCAGGCAAUAUUGACAAUUACUCCUGAAUAUGGAUUUGGAAGCACAGCUGUUAAGUGUGAUCAUGCUGUAGUUCCACCAAAUUCAACUCUAAUCUAUGAAAUUGAAAUGUUGGACUUUGUAAAGGAGAAAGCACCAUGGGAAAUGACUAGUCAAGAAAGACUCGAGGCAGCUGAGAGAAAGAAAGAAGAAGGCAAUCUGCUCUUUAAAGAUGGAAAGUAUCUAAGAGCUGGCAAAAAAUAUGACAAGGCAGCCGACUAUGUUCAUGAGGAUGCACCCUUUGGAGACGAUGUUGAAAAGCUAGUCAAAGCAUUAAGAGUGUCGUGCUGGCUAAAUGGUGCGGCUUGCAGCCUUAAGCUGAAUGACUUCCAGGAAGCAAUCAAGCUUUGUUCCAAGGUUGUAGACGUGGAAUUCCACAAUGUAAAAGCUUUGUACAGACGGGCACAAGCUUACUUGCGAACUGCUGAUUUACACUUGGCUGAAUCAGACAUCAAGAAGGCCCUCGAGGCUGACCCUCACAACAGGGAGGUGAAGUUGAUCCAGAAGAAUUUGAAACAACUUCAAGCUGAGAGCGACAAGAGAGACGCGAAGCUGUACGCAAACAUGUUUGUUCAAACGACAAAGGACCCUUCUGUAGGAACAAAGAGAUUGAAGGUUGAAAAAGUGGAAGAUAAGAGAGGCGAAGAGGUCAUGACAACAGAAAUGGAAAAGGUUGCCGUUAAUUCCGCACCCCCUCCUGUCUGAUUUUUCUUGAUGUGUAGAUUUGUUUUGCGAGUCUCUGUAAAGUCUUUUUGGGUAGAUGUCUCUGUAAAGUCACCCCAUCAUAAACCAAGAGGGCUGUAUAUUGUGGGCACAUAGAGAGCACACACCAGUUUCAGGUCAAAUGGGAUGUUGAUUCUUUCUGUUGGAGUUUAGGUUAUUUGUCUGUCAUCUGUGUUGCUUUUACUUGAAGCUUGUGGUACUGUGACUCGCAAAAUUGAAGCUUAGACAACACUUAUGAGCA